GUAGCUGUGCUCAAAAUUUCGCUGAGAGGCGGGAGAUUCGGGAGUAGUAGUACUGUGUUCGUCGUCUAUUGACUUUUUUUUUGCUGUCAUUGUGUGUUAUCGUUACUAUUAUUAUUUGUUAUUGUUAUUGUUUUUUUAUUAAAUUAUUUUACAUUUGACGUUGAAAUAAAAAAAGAAACGAAACGAAAAAAAAACGAUAUUAAAGUUGAAUAACUUCGAAGUAGUAGUGGCGCGCUCUGGCGGUGACUAAGUGAAAAGAUAAGAAGAAAGAAAGGAGAAAAAACCAAGUGGAAGACGGAGAAGAAUCGAAAGAGAAAUACCUUGCGUUUCUGGUAUUGUAUAAUCGCAAAACACGCACUGAACUCUGACGGCGGACAGCACGUUCGAUCGCUCGCUCGCUCACUCGCAACGUAAAGAGGACUCUAUCCAGACUAGACUCUCGCUCUUUUGGUGUAAUCUCCCCCGUGGCAGAACAUUGAGAGUAGAAUAACCUUUGAUGUGCUGAUCAGUCAUUAAAAAAAAAGUAGAAUCGGGUUUUCGAAAUUAUUCGGCGUCGUCGGUUCGAUACGAUAAGAAUCGAUUCUCUGCCUUCGUACGGUCACUUGAUCCCUAUACAUAGCGAGGAAAACUCCAAGUGUGAAUCAUUUUGUUUAUAAACGCCAUCCAAGUCGGAAAUCCAUACAUCCACCUCCUAGCAGUGCGACAUUGAAAGUUGGGGACCACGGAAUAAAUAAUUGAUAAGCCAGCGAUCCAACAAUUAGUUACUAUUGGAAUUGUUGUUGUUUUUUACGGUUUGUUUGAGUGGAUUUUAGCUGUUAUCAGCCAACUUUAAUAAUAAUUUUUGGCGAAAUCUGAAGUGCCUGCCUGUCACCUGUUUCUACUUCUGCUAUCGCUUAACUAACUUCCCAAGUUUAAAUAACAUAAAUAAAUUAUCCUAUAUAUUUUUUGGAUAAGGAUUUAUCAGUUUUGUUGUUAAUAUUUCUACCUGCAAAUUUGUUUUUAUUGAAACAAAUUAAAAAUGGCUCUCGCAAUUGUACAUGAUAUAUAUGACUGGUACAGGGAUCUCAUGGACAACAAAAGUGAUCCUCGUGUAAAUGGUUGGCCCAUGAUGGCCUCACCUGUACCCACAUUUUUGCUGUGUGUCUUUUACGCUUAUUUUAGUAAAUCAUUAGGACCCAAGUUAAUGGCCAAACGAAAGGCCUUGGAUUUAAGAAAUGUAUUGGUUUGGUAUAAUCUAUUCCAGACCGUGUUCAGUGCGUGGAUAUUCUACGAGUAUUUAAUGAGUGGCUGGUGGGGUGAUUACAAUUUCAAAUGUCAACCUGUUGACUACAGCAAUAGUCCAAAGGCUUUGAGAAUGGCAAACAUUUGCUGGUGGUAUUACAUUUCGAAAUUCACCGAAUUCUUCGAUACACUGUUCUUCAUUUUGCGCAAGAAGACACAGCAUGUAUCGACGCUGCAUGUCAUCCAUCACGGCUGUAUGCCCUUCUCCGUGUGGAUGGGUCUGAAGUUUGCCCCUGGCGGCCAUAGUACCUUCUUUGCCUUAUUGAACUCCUUUGUACAUAUUGUUAUGUAUUUCUAUUAUAUGAUCGCUGCCAUGGGUCCCAAAUAUCAAAAGUACAUUUGGUGGAAGAAGUAUUUGACCACUUUCCAAAUGGUACAAUUUGUUGCUAUCUUCACCCAUCAAUUCCAAUUGUUGUUCCGCGAAUGUGAUUAUCCCAAAGGAUUCAUGGUCUGGAUCGGUUUGCAUGGCGUUAUGUUCCUAUUUUUGUUCUCAGAUUUCUACAAAACCAAAUAUACCCGCGCUGCGCAAAAAGUUAAAGCGGCCAAUGGCCAUGCUAGCGCGUCAGAAAAAGAAUACCUCACAAAUGGCAAAGCGACUGCCAAUGGCAAUGGUGUCUAUGCCAAUGGCAAUAGCAAUCGUGGAGCAUGCAUGCCUGUAAUGGAAGACGAAGUUGAAACCACAAUACAGACAAAUGGUCAUUUGAAAAAUGGCCAUUACAAGAACGGUUAUGCCAACGGCGGUGGCGAUCACAUACUCAAGGAAGGUGUUAUCUCAUCUAACGAAGCUAUUCUUAAUUCAGAUACCAGUAGCUCUAGUCUUCACCAGAGAAAAGUCAAAUAAGAUAGAACAACAAGAAACACACACACAUACACACAACACAACCACUCGAUUUAAGCCUAUUAAAAUAUUUAAAUUAAUUUUACAUAGUUUUUAGCAACAAAUUAUAUACAAAACACAAGAAAAAUAAGAAAGAAAGAAAUUAAAAACAAAACAAAAACAAAUGGAAUGAAGAAAACUAUAAAUUAUAUAUUAUAUAAUUUCUUAUUUAUAUAAAAAACAUAAAACAAAAAGAAAGAAAAAAAAAAACAAUCAAUCAUAUUUAAGUGUGUAAAAACAAAAAAACCAUCCACCACCACAUGCAACACAAUACCUACCUACCUACCAACACAUUUAUUAUUGUUAAGGGUAUUUGAAGAUGAGAAUGAGAAACUACCACUACUCUCUCUUUGUAUCUCUCUCUCUGGAGCAGCAUUACUAAACUCUACUUUACAAUCCUUAAAGAACAGCAAUCAAAACGAAACAUUUAACAAUCAUCAUUGAAACCCCAUAUAAACAUCCAUCUACCUACCCACCACUCAUCGACCUCUCCUCCCCCCGACCGCCUUCUCUUAUUAUCAUUUAAUGUCUUUGUCUUUUUGUAAAUUAUUAUAAGCUAAAGAAACCAACCCCUCCCACAAUAUUCUCCUCCUUUUGCUAGAACAAAGAAAAUACAAAAAAAAAAAAAAGGAUUAAGCGAACAAACAUUGUUUUUUAUAAUAAGUUUUUGUAUACAAACAACAACAACUACAAACUAUAUUUAAAGAAAAUUGUAUCUUUUUUCUUUUGUAAAUGGUCAAACUAAUAAUAAUUUCUUAAUUUCUAAACAAAAAAUUGCUAACAACAAGAAAAUAAAUAAAUAAAUGACAAGAUUUUAUAAAAUCUUUAUAAAUUUUAUAAAAACCAAAAAAAAAAAAAAAAACAAAACAAAAUCAAGUUGUAUAAUGAUGCUUAAAUGUUGUAUUUAGUAUGUAUUAUUGUUAGUCUCUCAUCGUUAGUUAUAUCGUUUGCAAACGGUUGCCUUUUUUAAGUUCAAAAAAAAAUUAAUAUUAAUUGUUAAUUAGAAACACACACAUAGGUAAUGAUGUAUACAAUGUAGUCGGUGUGUUCUUGUGUGCACAUACACAUCACAUUCGAAUUUAGCUAGGAUGUGAACAUGUUUCAAUUCACAGAAAAAAUAACAAGCAGGCUGUAUAUGUUUUAGCUUUUUCCAUUUUUUUCAAUUUCUAUGUUCUGUUAAACAAUUUUUAAUUUAUAAAGAAAGGAAAGUUUUAUUUUUUAUGACGGGAUGUUGCCUGUCGGUACACUAAAUAAAAAUGGACCUUUUUAGACCAUAGGGCGGUGUUAUUGUCGAAGUUAUAAUUUUAUUGCUCCACAAUGACAGGCUAAAGAUUUCUAAAUCAAUUGAAACGACUUACAGGUUUUUAAUUGAUCUAAUUUCGGGAUAUAUUCAACAGAUUACGGAUAAAGAGAUGGCAUUACCUAAAUUUACACCAAUUUUUUUAACUUAAUAUUUAAUAUUUUUUAAUAUUCGAUGACUGUAUUAUUUGAAAUCUAGACCUGAAUUUAGUACAUUUCGAUAAGGCAACCUGAGACCACUUUUCCUCUUUGAUAAUCGAUCAUCCAUUAAAGUUCACCUUCUAAUGACAUGUAUGUAAUAAAAAUGCAUCGUCACAGUCUUUCAUACAUAUGAAAUAUAUGCAUGACCAAAUCCAGUUAAAAAAUCGUCAUAAGAUUGUCGUUAUAAAUUGAAAAUGAACAAAUCUUUCUACAAUAAAAGAGUUGAGAUUUUUUUCACAAAUUUUGCCGUCGAAUAUUUUUUGUAAGAGCUUUUGAUUUUUUAGAGUUCUGUUUUAAAAAUGAAGUAGAACCAUAGAUUAGUUUGUUUCAGAAAUACGGAAUGUGAUAAAAGCCGAUUAGAUUGUGAAAUUAUGUAAAGUUUAGUAGUCCUUUGAUGAGAAACGUAUAUUUCUAAUAAAAUUAUAUUUAAAAAAUUCAAUGGCAGUUUUCAUGAAAGUCGUUGUCACAAUAAGAUAUAACAAAUCGAAUUAUGCCAAGAAGGGUCAAAAUUGUUUCCAUAACUUACCCGCUAGUUUUCUUUAAGUUCACCCAACGUGAGCUGGUGAGAUGGCUUCUUUAUCCUUCCAAAGAAGAUUUGUUUUUCUUUCUUAAGGAGAAUUUUCGCCACCAAGAGAUGGUAUUUAGGUUACUUUGCAAAUUCCAAUUGUUUGUUUUAGGGCAUAAAUGUAUUUUUGCAUUUAUCAAAUCCUUGGUCGAAGGGCUUUAAGGUUAUUUAGAUAAUGAAUCGUUUUUUUUGACUUGCCUGCAUUAAGAUUUUAGUGCCGACGUGUCCCCUUUUUCGAAUUCCAUUUUCGACGACUUGCAUAGGUGUCAUAUCUAGGUAAUUGCCAGUAAGGGUCAGACUGUUCAUUGGUUCCUCAAAGCCCCCCACAUCCAAAAUAGUGAGGAUUUUCUUACUUUGCACAUCGGUGAGCUGAAACGUUCUGUUACAUUUUCAACGGAAUUGCCUAGAAUAUUUAAUUUUAGUAAGCAAUGGUACACUAAAGGUAUGGUAGAGCUACCAGCUAAUUACAAUAUUUUUCUGAAUGCGUUUGACUUCUGGCGAAUUUGUAUCUGUAUUUUCUGCUUUAAAAUGUUCACAAAAAUAAUUGGAAGAAACGCAAUGGAAUUGAAAUAAAAUUCAGGCAUUUUAUUCAGGCAAUGCCGGUCGCAUUUAUUGCCCGAUCGAGAUGACAUUUUUCAAACAUAAUUUAUUUGGCCCAAGGACGAACCCUAUUGAAAUGGUUAAUCGGUUAAAAUUUAGGUAUGGCUGCCAUAUAUAUUUUCAACUGAUUUCGGGUUAAUUGUGCACCAAAUGGCCAAUAUCAGUCCAAAUGUCCUGAAUUUUGGCACAUCCGACGGAGUUCAGUCAAGAAGCAAGUGCAUCAAAUUCGGUGGAAAUCGGUUUAGUUAUAGCUAUAGCUAACAUAUAUAUGUUUCACCUGGUUUGGGGUUUUAGGUCCCUCACAUGUAAAAUAUGGACUCCCCAACAAUGAUCUUUGGUACCAGAUAUCAGAAACAGCUCAGAAAUAAGUGCCUAAAAUUUUGUCAAGAUCGUUUCAGAUUUGGAUAUAGCUCCCAUAUACAUCUUUAUUCGAUUUCAGGUUUAUUGUGCACCAAAUGGCUAAUAUAAACCCAAAUGGACUGAAUUUUGGUACUUAAGACGAAAUAUAUGUAAUAUCAGCUCAAAUUGGAUUCCAUUUGGUGAAACUCCGGUCCGGUAUAUCUAUUGCUCCAAUAAAUAUUUUUUUAUAUAAUUCUUAUCGAAGUCCUAUCAUGCACUAUACAGCAAUAUUAUUUGGUACUAGAGGGACAAAAUUUAUUGAAAAUCGAUUCAGAGUUGGAUAUAGUUCCCAAAUUGUGACAACUCUAAAGCCAUGAUACGCAUUCAAAUAAGGUUCAUAGUUGGUAUGAUCUACUUCACAUAAAUACCCAAUAUAAAGUUUUUUUUUUUUGUUACGGGAGCUCUACUUAAUAUGGCCCGCCCGACUUAUAUAUAUAUAUAUGAAAAAACAAUUCUUUGAAAAAGAAAAAUAAAUUAAAAAAAAAAAACACAUGUUGAAUUGUGGCUAUAUCCGAAAAAAGGACCUCAUCUGUGAAAAUGGUCUUCCACCAUAAUAUAAUCAAUUAUGAAUUCUGAAUAUCAAAUAGAAGGAGAUAUUUGUGUCAUUUUGAAAAUAAGAACUCUCCUCCGCUUAAAUUUAGUUCCCCACCCUUGGUCUAUACAUGGUCGGCCAGUGGCCUUACUCGACAAUUAAGACAGAAUUGUGAUUUGAAAUUCAAAGAGAGGUAAAUCACAAUUGUGCAAAAAUUACUAAUGCCAUGUUUACGUUAGAACUUCUUGCAGGGUUAACCUACUUCAACAUAAUUUUUUUUGAAGUAUUAGUAAGGGGGUCCAGUGGGUUAACUCAUUUAUAUUAAACGUUCUGUAAGAUUAUUUUCAAAUUCAACUACUAUGUUUAUGGUCAAGGCCUAUUGUAUAGGCCUUGUUCCCAUCCAAUUAUGCUAUUCAUUUUGAAAGAACAAUUUGUUGUUUUGAAGAUAACACCAAGAAGGCAUUUAAUAUAGGGUUUGAUGGGUUGUUUUAUAUAAAACUAAAAUUAACAUAACUGGGAUCAUUAAGACUCUCUUAAUAACAAAAAUACAAAGCCUCGUUAUGGCGCUGUGUAGAUUUACGCACGAAAUUUCAUUUCAUAAACAUGUCAGAACCAAAAAAGGUUAAAUGUCAGCGAUUGACUUGAAUUUCCGUAAAGGCCAUAAAUGCCACUUGUGUGAUCAAGUUCUAUUCUUUUAUUUUGUCACCUUUAUUACAGCGCAAAUAUAACCGGUCUUUUUCGAAUAAGUAAUUUUAAUAAAAUCAGCCUAGAUUUGAAUGGGAAAACCCACGUUUUUUUAUUUAUUAUUUUUUUUGUUAACCAAAUAUAGGCUCUUCUAUUUGUUUCAGAACGAAAUUUAAACUUGUUUUUCAAUUUUUUUAAAGAACAUGCAUAUUUGGUGGAUAUGAUUUGAAAUUAUAUUUUUAUGAAGAAUAAUUUAUUAGAACUCGUAAAAUGGCAAAACAUAAAAUUCUGGAAAAAUACAAAUCAAGGUCAAGGUCUUUUUCUUUUGGGAAGUUAUUUUAAUUAUUUACAUUGUAAAUAUCUGCAAGCUGAUUACCGAUUAUUGAACAAAAAAAAAAAAACAUGAAA